AUGGAAGGUGUAUUUGAGCCGGUGCAGCACCAUUGGUUCCACUGCCAGCAGCCGGUGGACUGUAGAGGCUCCUGGAUCCCGUUCAGCAGAGAGGACUCUCUACGGCUGGAGGAGACACACAAACAUGGCAUGAGACUAUUCAUCACACUUGAACAAAUGCACAUUUAAUACACAUUUAAUUUAAUACACAUUUAAUACACAUUUAAUUUUCAUUAAUUUGUUUAUUUAUACAGGGGGAAAUCAUUUCAAAUGCCAAGUGUACAUAUACAGUUAAAGACAUUGUUCUUGUAUUGUUACCCCUCUAUACCACAAAGUAUGUGAUGUAUUACCCCGAAACAAGAAUAUAACUCAUUCCUACUUCUGAGUGAACUAUUGUUCAUGCAAUAGAGCCCAUAUUAAGAAAACGGUAGCACUUUGCAUUAGAGCAUGGAAUAAAGUGGUAGUAGCAUGGUAAUAGAAUGGUAACAGAUUAUAGUUACUCACAAUUUUGAAUUGAAUUGAAUGAAAACAUGAUUUGCCCAGAUAACCCUUAAUUACAGUUUAAUUAAGUGAAUUCUGAUGAUAACAGCAAUGAUAAAGAUAAUUAUAAUGAUAUCAUCAUAAUUGUGGGUUUGCUCCUAACAGGGGAGACCAGUGGGGAGAAAGAAGAGGAGGUGGUGGUAGCCACAGAGGGGAGACGCUUUGACGUGAGGCUGAAGGAGAGGAGGUGCUACGCGGUGUACUGGGAGCAGCCCCCCUUGGAGGUGAGGCGCUGCUCCUGGUUUCACAAAGGAGACAAGGACAUCUCCUACACCCCUUAUCCAGAGGACACCAGCCUAGUCCUGGAGGUAGGACACAGUCUUUAAUGGCACCCUAGUGUCUAUAUAGUACACAGGGCCCUGGUCAAAAGUAAUGCUCUACUGUAUAUAGGGAAUAGGGUGCCAUAUCGGACGCACAAAACACAAAUCAUUACAAAGUGAUAUAAUAUAUACCCUGUUAUCUUGGUGUUUAUCUUAGUACUGUAGUUUUGUGGGGCCAAUAUUUACUUAUUCCUACAGUCUGAAAGGGGUAUACUGCAGAUUGGUGAUGACCUUGUUAAUCUGUCAAUUUAUUGAACCUUGAUAACAUUGUCAAUAACAUAAUAUGACUGACUGGGUUUCAACCCGAGUCAACUGUAUGCCCCAAGACUUGCGUUAACUCCCAGAGCCAAUGCCUGGAGUGCAAGAGACCCAGGUUCAAACCCCAGUCCGUUACAUUUGAAUCACUGUAUUCACAGGAGGCCUACAUGAUGGCAGUGACGCUGAAUGACUGGAAGAGGAAGUUAGAAUUCCCCACUGGAGAAACGGUGGUGUUACACAGCCCUAAGGUAUGACUCCCCAUUCAUAAUUACAAUUAGCCCACUGUAGUAUGCUGUUUGUCUGUAAAGACCUGGUCAAUAUUACACUGUAAAAUAGAACUUAUGCAAACUCAAGAGUUUGCUCUGUCUCCAAUAGCUUAUGACACAGCAACAGACGAUCCCCUUGAAGGACUGGAUAAGCCUCCCCUCUAAGCAGAGUCAACCCAGGACGGUCAAGAGGGGGCUGGAGGGUAUUAGAGUAGAGAUACCUGAAGGUAAAUGUGUGAGCCAGAUUUCUACAGCUCUGUGUAAGAUGGUCACUCCUGUACUGUACUACCAUGUGUAUUUAAUGGCAACAGUACUGGUAAUUGGCCUGAACAACAGUUACUGCAUUGUGUACAGAGAUCUCAGGUUUUUGAAACCUCUAAUGCAUUCAAGGAUAAUUUACAUGUUGGUAAUUACAUGAUAACAAAUGACAAUUACUUACACAGUAUAGAUUAUUUGUACUAUUGGUCUUUCAGGAGAGCCUGACCAAGUGGACCACCUUGUGUUCAUGGUGCAUGGCAUUGGACCAACCUGUGACAUCCAGCUGCGUGGGGUCGUUCAGUGUGGUGUGUAUAGAAUUUGACCCUUAAAUCUAAACCUUUCCCUGCCUUCUAAUUUUUCCAUAGAAAUGCUGCUAAAUACAUUAAUGCCCUCCCUCCUCUCUUUUGUCCCUCUCUCCCCCAUGUAGUGAAUGAUUUCCGGGGUGCCUCUCUCAGCCUACUGAGAAGUCACUUCAAGCAGAGUCAAGAUGGGACCCACAUGGGCCGUGUUGAGUUCCUGCCAGUCGACUGGCACCGGGUGCUGCAUGGUGACGCCACUGGGGUGGACGAGUAAGGCCUUUGGGACACACACACACACACACUCUCUCUCUCUCUCUCUCUCACUCUCUUCUAUCUCGCUCUUAAAAACACACUUUGACACUCACCCACCCUCCAUAUAGCGAUAUCCAGAGGAUCACCCUGCCCAGCAUCAGUCGUCUGCGUCAGUUCAGCAACAGCACGGUGUUGGACCUGUUCUUCUACAACAGCCCCACAUACUGCCAGACUAUCAUAGACACCGUGGCCUCAGAGAUCAACCGCAUCCACCAAGUCUUCCUCCAGCGCCACCCACAAUUCACUGGGGCAGUGUCACUGGCUGGACACAGUCUGGGUCAGUACCCCGUAAACCUCUCCUAACCUUUUAAGACCCCUCCUAACUUUUUCCUUUCUCUCUCUAUUUAGUCUUUAUUUAGACAAGGCUAGGAUUGAUAACCAUUAUAGUAAGUAAUAUUCUUUAUUUUUAUGACUUUUCUAGGUUCUCUGAUCCUCUUUGACCUUCUGACAAAUCAAGAAAGAAAGAACACAGAUGAAGAGGGAGUAAGUAACAGGCUACUGCCAAAACUCAAUUUUGGUCAUGGCCACAACCACCAGCAUUGUUAUUCUGAUUAACUUGAUGUUAAUCCUAUAUGUCUUCUGCUUCAGAGUAGCGUCAGCAGUCCAAGUGAAGCAACCCCAAUAGACUUUGAGAGCUUUGAGGACACGCUUAGGAACUUUGGAUUGGGCAAGUAUGUCCAAAUGCUUACAAAGGAGCAGAUGGACUUAGAAUCACUGGUAAGCAUGUGCGUGAGUAUAUGUGUGUAUGUAUGUAUGUGUGUGUGUGUGUGUGACUGUCUAAUGACUGUGUCCUCUGUCAAUUGACUAGGUGCUCUGUUCAGAGACAUACUUGAAGGACUUGGGAAUACCCUUAGGGCCUCGCAAGAAGAUAAUGUGCUUGUUGAAGAGAUGGAGAAAGGUAUGACCUAUCUCUCAUUCACAUCUAAAUUGAUUCAGUCAUUGCACAUAACCACCAUGUUCAAUUUUUCCCCAGUGUUCAAAGUCUUUGAUCCAACAUUCCAGUCUAUUGGAGCCAUUGUGCAUAGCUUCCUGUCUGUCUCGACCAUGACUAUUCCAUCCUAACUGUUUGUAAAAGGCUGGAAGCAGGAAGUAGCAGUCUGAUAGUUUCAGGUUGUGUCCCAAAAAACACCCUUUUCCUUACAUAGUGCACUACUUGGGCCCUGGUCAAAAGAAGUGCACUUAUGUAGGGAAUAGGGUGCCAUUUGGGAUGUAGACCCAUUGUUUAGAUUGUUAUUGGAGCUCCUCUCUCUCUCUCUCUCUCUCUCUCUCUCGCUCUCUCGCUCUCUCGCUCUUGCUCUCUGGCCCAGCAGCAGGAAUUCAGGACAGGAACUUCACACCCAGUUCCUGGCAUUGCCGGUGUGUAUUCCCAAGUCCAAGAACACCCGACCCUCCUUUCAGGCACCCUCUCCACCAGCCCAGUGGAUUACAAGUACCUUGACGUUGGCAUUGGCCAGGUAAACAAGCAACAGUGACAGCAUUCUGUUACAUGUAGACAGGCAUUUCCUCUGUCUCCCUCCCUCUCCUCCAGUCACAAUGACAGAAUGUCUUAAUAGUGUCUUAGAGGAGUUAGCAUGAGGCCCAACUAAUACAACUGAAAAUCUACUUGAAUUAAAUGUUUAAUUUCAUUUGAAAAUGUUGAUACAUUUUGAUAUCCAUCCUUAGUUACAGAAAGUGAAGAAAUGCAGAAUGUACAUAUGGCGCAUACUGAAUUACUAUUAACCAUUAACCCCUUCCUUUCCUUCCCAGGUGUCCAUCGUGUACCCUCAGCUAGGUUUCCAGCCACAGGCUUUCUUUGCCUUGGGCUCUCCUAUAGGAAUGUUCCUCACGGUGCGCGGCCUGAAGAGGAUCGACCCCAAAUACAGCCUCCCCACCUGCAAAAGCUUCUAUAACAUCUACCAUCCAGUAUGUUUAUGGAUCAUGUGUUAGUGAAUAUUUUAUGUAGCUAAAGUCCAUCUAAGUCAUGAAUAUUCAUAAGGACCUGACUAUGUGUUCUUCCUCCAUGCAGUUUGACCCAGUGGCCUACAGGAUUGAGCCCAUGGUGGUGUCUCCAGGGGUGGACUUGCCCCCCAUGCUGAUCCCACAUCACAAGGGCAGGAAGAGGAUGCAUCUUGGUGAGACCUGAGACGUAAAGCUUUGAUAUGGACGUUACAGAAACGUUUCAAGAAAUACACUUGCUGCUUACCACUGGUCAAUGGUAGCCCCAUAUGUAAUGAGCUUUAUGUUAGGACCCUUAGGGAGCAUUGCUAAAGCUCUGACCUGUCUGAUAAUGUAAAAACACUGCCCUUCAAUUAACACAUCAUAGUUUUCCAGUGAGCGUGUGAAAGCUUUCAUCCACCUUCCCAUGCAGUGACCCUGUGUUGAAAUUGUGUCCCCCAGAGCUGAAAGACAACUUGACGCGAGUCAGCUCAGAUCUGCUGCUCUCCAUCAGUGCUGUCCGUGGUGUGUGGCAGACCCUCACCAUGCUACCUGUCAACACACUGCCACCUCAGGAGUCAGAAGGUGAGAGACCGGUGUGCAAGUAAUUUAAUUCAUUCAUUCAUUAGGAACCAUGUGCAAUGUUUUAACAUACAUUCAUUACUUUAUUCUUCAUAGUCCCAAAAACAAAUGUUAUUGUAGAAAUUACAGCAUAACUAUACAGGUAUCCCUUUAACAGCAACGUAAUGUAACAUGAUGUAAAUAUUGUGACGUUUCUGUGUAAUAUGUUCUUUGUGUGACAUGUUUUUUGUAUGUACUAUGUGUAUUUUUAUCAUGUUACCCCUGUCUGCAACCAAAUGUCCCUCUGGGGACAAUAAAGUUUGAACUGUGUUACAUGAAUGUUUCCUCAAUACUCUUUUCCAGGUAGUGGGGCCCCAAAUGGUACAGUCUCACCUACAGAGAUGAGGAAUAUCAGUGUUGGAAUGUUGAAUGGCGGACGUCGGUUUGAUUACGUCCUUCAGGAGAAACCACUAGAGAGCUUCAACGAGUAUCUGUUUGCCAUUCAGAGCCAUCUCUGCUACUGGUAAGAACAACUGAGCUAGGGUUGGUAUCUUACAUGUUUUCUUUAGCUUUCUGCAGUUAUCUCAUGUUUUCUUGUGUGUUUCAGGGAUUCCGAGGAUACUGUGCUGCUGCUUUUGAGGGAAAUCUAUGAAGGGAAGGGAAUCCUUCUCUAGCAUCUCCAAAUGUCAAUGUAAAGGAUGGAGCUUUUGAGUUGUGUAUAAUGCUUCUAAUACAGGAGACUCUGGAAGCAUGCUAUACAUCACAUUUGUAUGAUUUUAUUAUAAAAAAUAAUAAUUGUGAGGCUUUUGUUAAAUGCACUUUAAAUAAAUUGUGAUUUGAUCUGGA